AUGCUAUCUCAAGGCAGUGCGGGUGCCACCUUCAAGCCACCUUCAAGGUUUAUGUGCUCAAAUCAAGGACUGAAAUUCGAUCGUUUGAUUGAAGAUGAAGCCGAACGGGAUGUGAGGAUGGAAGACAUGAACAAUAUGAAAUAUUUAUAUCCGUGCAUUUGUGAGACUGGUAGAAUAUCACCGAAUGUGGUCUGUUGUGAAAGGAAAAUCACAGAAGAGAUUGAUAGCGCAAUCGCGCUCAUUCAUACAGAUUGA